AUGUUUACUGACGCUUCUGUUGGAAGCUGUAAAGAUGCUAUGGAUGUAUGCAGUGAUGAUCGUCGAAUAUCUGUAACGUUACAGUUUGGUUCUUAUAAAGAUGUGAUUACAAUCGUUCGCGAUGAGUCACUAGAGGCGUUUGCUGUUUUUCGGAAAACAGUCUAUCACUUUGCCGAAAAACAUAGCGAUGGUAAAUUGGACGCACACUGUGAAUUGCAAAUGUUUCGGCAUGAUUAUACGUCGCCUGGAUUUUUGCAACAUCUAACAAACCUGAAUCAACUGGGAAAUGGAAAUAUUGUUGAGAUAGUAAUAAUUGAUCGGAGCGAGAAAGCUUCACGUCCACAUGUUCUUUCCGUCAUCUCAUUCAAAACACCAACAUUUUGCGAUUUCUGUGGCGAAAUAUUGGUCGGCCUAAUAAGACAGGGUUUACAGUGUGAAAAAUGCAAGUGUAAUUUUCACAAAAAGUGUGCAUUUGCUGCUGGAAAUAACUGUGCAAAAACACAAGCUGCGAAGCUGGAAUCAGCUUCAUCAGACGAACCACGACAGUCAUCAGAAGCUGUAUAUGCACUACCUCAUACACUUGCGGUGCACAACUAUCGAACUUUAACAGUGUGCAAAGUAUGCGAAAAAAUGUUGUUUGGUAUUAUGAAACAAGGAUUACGCUGUAGAGAUUGCAAGGUAAAUGUACAUAAAAAGUGCGCCUCUCAAUUACCACUGAAUUGUCGAAUUGCUGAAGGCAGUAUAACGCCAUCGUUCGAUCAAAUGAACGUUGAUGAUACAUCACCAUUGUGGACACCUCAAGAAGGGGACGAAAACAAUUCGGAAGAUAACCUUAUACCAUUGGCAAGACUUCCAGGACAAGCAUCAGUACGUACUGGAAAUAAACAGCCAUUGGUCGAAGGAUAUAUGAUUCAUUAUAUGCUCGACCAACCCGACAGACGUCUUCGGCAUUAUUGGAUUCUGACCAGUGGUGCAAUUAAUAUGUACUGUGAAUACUAUGAUUCUAUUGGUGUAAACCCUCAGCGAGUUUAUCGACAAAUUCCUCUUGGUGAUAUACUGAUGGUGGUGCAGUAUGACGGACCACCAAUACAUCCAAGUUAUCCACCACAUUGCUUUGAGAUUCGCACAAAAUCUCAGAUGGUCUACUGUGUUGGUGAAAAUCUGGAUGCGUUAGCUGGGCCACCAAGCAAAUUGCCCAGACAUGCAAGUGGCAAGGCUAAUGCAAGCGCUCAGAUGUGGUUCAGUGCUUUGCAACAAGCGCUUCAACCACCACCGUCCCGGCAUGGAAGUGAAAGCGCUGAAUUGGCACUUCAGUUUACCGAGUUGUUUCAAGUUCUUAGCGACAAACAACUUGGUUCUGGUCAGUUUGGGACGGUUUAUAGUGGUGUCCAUCGUGCCACUGGACGUGAAGUUGCUGUGAAAGUGAUCAAUAAAGAUCGUUUUUCGCGUAAAUCAUCGGCUGGAAUGGAAACAUUGAAAAGUGAAGUAACGAUUUUGCAGCAGAUUAGUCAUAAGGGGAUUAUUCGGCUCGAGUCGAUGUUCGAAACGAAGGAAAAAAUUUUUGUUGUAAUGGAAAAGAUGAAUGGCGAUAUGCUGGAGAUGAUAUUAAGUCAGGCUCUUGGUCGUCUUGAUGAACGUACUACAAAGUUUUUAAUAAUGCAAAUAUUGAGUGCACUACGAUAUUUGCAUAUGAAGGGUAUUGCACACUGUGAUUUGAAGCCCGAAAAUGUAUUACUUUCUGAUCUCUCGGUUGCAUUUCCGCAAACAAAAUUAUGCGACUUUGGAUAUGCUAGAUUUAUUGGUGAUGCACAGUUCAGAAGAACAAUCGUUGGUACACCAGCGUAUUUGGCACCUGAAGUUUUGCAAAAACGUGUUAUUAUUUAUGUAACAUUAAGUGGAACAUUUCCGUUUAAUGACGGUGAGGAAAUUGCCGAACAGAUCCAGAAUGCUGCAUUCAUGUUUCCGGGUGAGCCGUGGAAAGAAAUCUCAAAGAGUGCUAUUGACUUGAUUCAACACCUUCUUAAAGUACAGAUUCAGGAACGUUUGACAAUAGACGAAUGCCUAGCUCAUGAGUGGCUUCAGGGUGAGCAGGUUUAUAAAGACCUAAGAAAUUUGGAACUUCGUUUGGGUUGUGAACGUUAUUUGACCACCGAGGAAGAUGAUCGGCGUUUUGGAUGUUGUAUGAAGGUUAAGGAAGAGACAAAUAAUUCGUUGAUUUAA